AUGGCGCCCGUGGAAGGGGUGAUCCAGAUUCAGGGUGACAUUACCAGCGAGGUGACUGCCAAGGAAGUGAUAGACCACUUCGAUGGGGGAAGGGCGGACCUUGUGGUUUGUGAUGGAGCACCAGAUGUCACUGGCCUACAUGACCUUGAUGAGUAUGUGCAGCAACAGCUGGUCCUUGCUGCGGUGACGAUCAUGACUCAUGUCCUGAAACAUGGUGGGAAUUUUGUUGCCAAGGUCUUCCGAGGGAAGGGCAUCAGUUUGCUGUACUCACAGCUGAAGAUGCUGUUUCCCACAGUGACUUGCACAAAACCCAAGAGCAGUCGAAACUCAAGCAUCGAAGCUUUUGUUGUUUGUGAGGGCUAUACGCCGCCGCCUGGAUUCCAUCCUUCAUUGUUGCGUGGACUCUUGACUGGAUCAACUUUAAACAUCCCCAUGGAGGAGCAGUCCAUCGAAAACCGACGCCUGGUGCCCUUCUUGGCUUGUGGAGAUCUCAGUGGCUGGGAUGCUGAUCAGAACUAUGACCUUGAUGAAGGGGCAGAGAUCCUUGACCCUGUGCAACCGCCAACGAAGCCUGCAUACAAAGAGGCCCUUGAACGAGUGAAAUGGGGCGGUGCUGGAAAGGAGGGCCCUUCUGGCAAAGGUGGGGCACAGGGUGGGUAG